UUUAUAAUUAGCAGUAUAUAAUGUUUUCUGCAUGGGAUAGAUUUAUCCCUUUUAACUUUUCCCUUCUGAUUCUUUCUGACUCCUGGUCUUGCCACAUCCCAGGCUUUCUGAACAUGCUAGUUCACUAGAGUCUAGUCUGUUCUUCCUUUUGUUUUUCAGACCAGUAAAAAUGGGAAGUACUGGAUUCUGGUUUCCUCCAAGAAGAGUCAGCGGAACUGGUUAAGACCAAAAUCUGAGGACUUUAGUGGACAAACAUCAGUCCCCUUUUGCUUUCUUUUACGACCACAUGAAACUUGAGAAGCCAUCUAAAGCUAAAUCAUUUAGUGGAGUUGGGCAAUUCCCAAGUGUCCAACAAGAAGGCCUGGUUUAGGCUGCGAUGGCCACUGUCAUUCCUGGUGAUUUGUCAGAAGUAAGAGAUACCCAGAAAGUCCCUUCAGGGAAACGUAAGCGUGGUGAAACCAAACCAAGAAAAAACUUUCCUUGCCAACUGUGUGACAAGGCCUUUAACAGUGUUGAGAAAUUAAAGGUUCACUCAUACUCUCACACAGGAGAGAGGCCCUACAAGUGCACACAACAAGACUGCACCAAGGCCUUUGUUUCUAAGUACAAAUUACUAAGGCAUAUGGCUACUCAUUCUCCUGAGAAAACCCACAAGUGUAAUUAUUGUGAGAAAAUGUUUCACCGAAAAGAUCACCUAAAGAAUCACCUACAUACACACAAUCCCAACAAAGAGGCCUUUAAGUGCGAAGAAUGUGGAAAGAACUACAAUACCAAGCUUGGGUUCAAACGUCACCUGGCUUUGCAUGCUGCAACAAGUGGUGACCUCACCUGUAAGGUAUGUUUGCAGACUUUUGAAAGCACAGGAGUGCUGCUGGAGCACCUAAAAACUCACGCAGGCAAGUCAUCGGGUGGAGUGAAGGAGAAAAAACACCAGUGUGAACACUGUGAUCGUCGGUUCUACACCCGGAAGGAUGUCCGUAGACACAUGGUAGUGCACACUGGAAGAAAGGACUUCCUCUGUCAAUACUGUGCACAGAGAUUUGGGCGGAAGGAUCACCUAACGCGCCAUAUGAAGAAAAGUCACAACCAAGAACUUUUGAAGGUCAAAACAGAGCCAAUGGACCUUCUAGAUCCCUUUACCUGCAAUGUUUCUGUGCCUAUUAAGGAUGAGCUGCUUCCAGUGAUGUCUUUACCUUCCAGUGAACUGACAUCAAAGCCAUUUACAAACACUUUGCAAUUAAAUCUCUACAAUACUCAAAUUCAGUCCAUGCAGAGUUCUGCAUCUGCACACCAAAUGGUCGCCACAUCGUUGCCAUUGGGAAUGCCUUGUCCAAUAGAUAUGGAAUCUGUCCACCCUUCUCACCAGCUAUCUUUGAAAUAUCCGCUCAGUUCUACCUCAUACGCAAUUUCUAUGCCUGAAAAAGAACAGCCAUUAAAAGGGGAAAUUGAAAGUUACUUAAUGGAGUUGCAGAGUGGUAUGCCUUCUUCAUCCCAGGAUUCUCAAGCAUCGUCAUCAAAACUAGGGCUGGAUCCACAAGUAGGGCCACUGGAUGAUGGGGCUGGGGAGGUUUCCCUUUCCAAGAGCUCCGUUUCUAUUAGCGAACCUCUAAACACCCCAUCAUUGGACUUUUCUCAACUCUUCAACUUCAUACCUGUAAAUGGCCCUCCCUAUAAUCCUUCCGUUUCAGUGGGAAACCUUGGGAUGAGUUACACACAAGAGGAGGCACAUUCUUCUAUGACUCAACUUCCACCACAAACACCGGAUCCACAAGAUCCUAGCAAUAGUAUAGGUCUUGGGUCCCUGCACUCGUUGUCAGCAGCUUUCACAAGCAGUCUAAGCACAACCACGACCCUACCACGAUUCCAUCAAGCUUUCCAGUAGGAUGUACAAAGCUGGCUUAUUACUGUCGAUUUGUAGAAAUGCCUUAGGUGACCAUUUUUAACUUAGUGCCUACGAUAAGACAUUAUCAAUUCUCUGCUUUUGUACAGUACCGAUCUCAUGAAGCCAGUAAGAAAUUUAAGUUAACUUUUUAAAAAAUGUUUUGAAAGUGUUUAUUCUCAACUGUUUACUUUGUUUUCUAAAAAAAGUCUCCUUGUAUUGUUUUCAUUUUCACUGCCAAUUGACACACGUAAAAUGUUCAGUAGAAAGUCAUUGCUACCAAAUGUUUUACACUCAUACUUUUAAAAAAGUUUUUCAACUGUAUCAGUCAUUCUGUUUUACUGAUUUCAGUGGUAGAACUACCAUUUUUACCUUCUAUGUAUUUUAGUGUUUGCAAGUAAUCUAGUUAAAACAUAUAUCUCACAGAUUCCUGAAGACUUGGGAAAGAAAUCCCUAGUCCCUUUCCAAAAAAGAAAACCCUUCCCAAUGGCAACAUCUGAUCUGUUCUAUUAUGACAAAUCUAAAUUUUUUAAAUAGAUAUAUAAAUCAGAUUUUUCUGAAGACUUGUGUGUGUAUAUAUAGAAGUCCAUAUAUACACACGUACUUAUAUAUAACAUUUGACUUGUAUUGAAGUCAUUAUAAAAGGUAAUUUGGCCAUUUUCUGGCUUAAAUUGUUGUGGCCUGUUAGAAAUAUUGAAAGAAAAGAAAUUUAUUUUAAUUUUCUAAAACCAUGAUUUAAUGGAAAUUGAGAGAAUCUCUGCUUGCUAAAUGACAAAUGUUUCCAGUUGAAAUUGGAACUGUGUUGUGCUUUCAAGACUCUGGUAGAGGGAAACAGGCAAAAAAAAAAAAAAAGAUGGCUGAUCUUGAAAUAUAAAAGUGUUGUAAUUUAGUAAUGCAGAAUAUUUUGUCGCAGUUUUUGUUUUAAUUCUUAACUUGCUGUUUUUUUCUCUUUAGUAGCAUAGAAAGAGUACUGCAUAGGAAACUUCCAGUAGUGUAUUCACACUUGUAGGCAUCAGUCUUCUCCCAGCUGCCACCGCCAAAGGGUGGAUCAAGUCCAGCCAGGAACUCUGUCCGUUCAGUACUAGUGUGCAGUCAGAGAGUGAAUGUAAAUUUGCAAAUACCAUUUUUUUUUAUUGGAAUGCUCUUUUCACUUGUGUUUCAUGGUGUGUUAUGUCCUCCUAAGCAACAAGUUAGAUGUUAAUCACGCUUUCUACACCUGGGUACUUGGUUAGGGACGUUUCGCCCGUUGCCAAGAUUUAAAGACAGGACUCUUAGGAGUGAAGUAAAAGCAUAUUGCUUACACCACUUUUACCUAAUACAAUAUAGUCUAUUCCCCAAGCCCUUGUAACCAAAAGAGGAAAAAACAAACAAACAAAAAAACUGUGUUGCAUGAAAGCAAACUAGAUUUGCUGUAAUUCAAUACUGACAGCCUUUUCCUUGUCAUUUUUGUACAAGGAAUUAAAAAAUAGAAACUGAGUACAUUAAUAUCUCUCUAACAAUAAUGAGGAUUCAUGUAAGGUUUUAAGUGGUUAAACUAAAUAUAUACUUCACAGAGACAAAAGUUGCUCCCAUUUAAGGAGCUUAUGCUCCAAAUGUUUUAUCAGUAGCUCCUACUUUUUUUUUUUAAUUCUAGGAGCAAUAUGCAGGUGUAGUUUUACUAUUUUAUACAUAUGUGUAUUUAAAUUUUAUUACUGAAAGAUAACAUUUUUAUAAAUGUGUUUGUGUUCCAAAGGCAUUAAAAUAAGGAUGUAUUAAUAAGGAAAACACCUUUUCAAAUUCUUCAAACUACUCCUAGAUUUUGGGCUUAGGAGCAUAUUAUCUCAGUGUGGGCUUUUAGCUCUGCUUCAGGACUGCUUCCUCUGGUUUCUAUGAAACAGAUCGCUUGCUUGCUUACAUCUUUAGUUGAAUGAUUCGUUCAAUAUUGCUUUUUUUUUUUCUUGUCACCUUUCUAAAGGAAAGAAAAACGCAGACAAACAGAGC